AUGGUCGAAAGUCACCACAGUCCUGAACACCACGAUGGGCUUGGUGAGACGGAAGAGCAGCACCGUCUGCAUGCCAACUACGAGGCCCCGAAGCAUUGGGGACUUGGCCGCCGAAGCGAAUCCAUACUUUUCUACACAUUUGCCAUUCCGUCGUGGUGCUUCGAAAUUGCCGCUGCUAUAUUGGGAGCUUUCCGGGGUACCUCGUCGAAUCCCUUCGUCGCGACGUGCACGAUAUGGCUGGUCCUCUGGUUGACUGCCUGGCUGCAGACGGCAGUUCUCAUGAUCCAGCGCGCCAGCUGGGUGCGAGAUGAGGCGAAUUUAAAGGAUCGGAAGCAGUAUCUGUAUCUUUCCGUGAGAUUACAGCGUCUGCAAAUGAUAACUUGGAUUAUCGCACUACCAGUCUUCAUCCAGGCAUACGUCCAGCGAAACAACACUGGAUACAACACCGCAUACUGGCUACUUUUCUUAUUGUUCUUCAUCUUCAAUAUUGUUGGAUGUGUCAUGAACGCGUACAACAACAUCACCUGGGAGCUGGACAGACUGCUUUACGAGGAUGGCGAGCCUCCCAUGCGACACGCACGUCUUGCAAGUUUGGGAAUUCCUUCAUGA